AUGAACAAUGAAUUUUUACGAGAAAUUAUAUCGAUAUUUGACGAAAGGGCUCAACUCGAUUUUGCAUAUUCAAAAACUCUACAAAAACUUUCAACUAAAUUGCAUAAAAUAUCACAAAAUGCUCAAGGAACAAUUGAUCAAGGCUGGACGUGUGUAGCUGAACAAUUCGAAGCACAAGCAACGAUUCAUACGAACCUCGGUUCGGCAAUUCACGAUGAUAUUGUUCAACCACUUCGCGCGAUAUUUAAUUCACAAUAUCAAAUGAUUCGCGCUACGGAUCAACUUGUCGAUCGCGAAUUAAAAAGAAUGAAUGAUAAGCAAUCCGAAACAUUCAAAACCAAACGGCAAUUAUAUAAUUGGAGCCAUGACCUUGAAAAAGUCGAGCAAUUAAUUGAUAAGGAUAAUUCUUCAAAUAUAAAACUUUCGGUGAAAAAAAGAAAAUUACUGGAGCAGGUGACAAAAACAGAGCAAACAUAUGUUGAUGAAACUAUUGAAUGUGAAAAACAGCGACGAGUUGUUCAUGGUGUUCUUCGAAAAGGUGUCGAACGACUUGAGACUAUUGAAAAACAACGUUUAGCGCAUUCUCAAACCGCUCUGGGUAGAUUUCAACGGAAAAUGGCUCAACUUGGACCAAAUCUUAAUAUACUAUUUGAAAGGCAUAUGACUUCAUUAAAUAAUUCGAUUAAUGCUGAUCCUGUGGAGCAUAUUACAAAUCUUACACCAACUUCCUCUGCACAUCAUAUUUCUUAUUUAUGCGAUUUUCCUGCUGAAAACUUUGGUGAAAUUAUUGGUGCUCAACGACGACGAUGGACUUUAGAACGAAUAAGUUCACUGCUUCAAAAAGAAUGCGAAAAGCGGCAAGAAAAUAUUCCAGAUUACUCGAUUUCCAAUACUGAAAAUAAUUUCAAUAAUUUUGCGCUUCAUGAAUUCAUUGAAUUUAUGAGUUUCAAAAUUGAUGAAGCAUUAAGAAAUUUAAAUGGAAAUCAAAAUCAUCGAGAAUAUAAUCGCUUAAUUCGUUAUCAAAUAAAAAUUCGUGAUAAAACUGGUUUGCCGCAAACCAUUCUAAAUAUACCUAUUGAAGAAUCAUUAAAACCAAUUAAACAACCAAAUGCACCGAGUUUACCAACAACAUCAAGCAUCGAUGAUAAUGAAUACGAUCAGAUUUUGGCCAAUGGAAAUCAUAAAGAAACAUUUUAUCAGGCAAAUAGCAAUGAUUUUAUAGCUGCAAAUACAACGGAUUGUUCAAAACAGAUUUGUCGAGUAUUAUAUGAUUUUUCGGCAAAAUCUGAUGAUGAAUUGGAUAUUUCUGCUGGCGAUUGUGUCAUUAUUGAAGAUAAAUUAGGAGAUGAUUGGUUAAUUGGUCAUAAAAUACUUAAUCUUACAAGUGGUUCAUCGAUAUCCAAAACGGGUAGAUUUCCUACUUCUUAUGUGGCCUUAUAG